ACACCAGAAAAUGCUGACCGCCGCACACGCCACUCGAUUUAUUCUUCAUGCCUAUCGAAAAAAGCCGUGGUGAGGUUCCGGCAUCUGUAUUUUAUUUACAAGCGAUAGAAUUAACAUAGAAAUCAAAUAAAAUGACGAUCGGCAAGAACAACAAAAUGAUUCAGCACCUGAAUUAUCGGGUGCGAAUCGUGCUGCAGGACUCGCGUACCUUCAUCGGUACCUUCAAAGCCUUCGACAAACACAUGAACUUGAUCCUCGGCGACUGCGAGGAGUUCCGGAAGAUUCGCUCGAAGAAUUCCAAGGUGCCCGAGCGCGAGGAGAAGCGCGUGCUGGGCUUUGUAUUGCUGCGCGGCGAGAACAUAGUUUCACUGACGGUGGAGGGACCACCGCCGCCAGAGGAGGGCCUGCCCCGAGUUCCCAUUCCGGGAGCAGCUCCUGGUCCGGGAAUCGGUCGCGUGGCCGGACGCGGAAUGCCUAUCAACUUGUCCGCCGUGCCAGCGGGUCUCCAGGGUCCCGUGAGAGGUGUGGGCGGACCCGCCCAACAGCACAUGGCUCCGAUGGGACGAGGAGUGCCACGAGCACCGAUGAUGGGUGCACCGCCACCGGGCAUGAUUCCCGGCGGCAUGCCCUCGAUGCCAGGAAACAUGGGACGCGGUGCUCCGCCACCGAUGCGCGGACCGCCGCCCAGCAUGAUCCGUGGAGCACCACCACCGGGCAGGGGUGGCUAUUAAGUAUAAAGUACAAUCUAAUAAAAACUCAUUUAGAAAACACCACUU